AUGGACGCGGUGGAGUCCUCCUCGCCCUACUCGCCGCCCUCGCUGCGCCACAAGCUGCGGACCACGGUAUGCGGCUGCUUCGGCUCGCCGUCCUCACCAGGCAGCGGCGGGGAGAGGCCGCACACCGGCGGCAGCAGGGCCAGAUGGAGGAGGCGCGUGGCGGCCGCGGGGGAGUUCCGGUAUAACCCGCUCAGCUACGCGCUCAACUUCGACGACGGCAGCAGCGACGACGGCGAUGCCGACGCGGAGGACGCCGCCUUCCGGCGCAGAAACUUCAGCUCGCGCCUGCCGCCAUCGCCGGUGCCAGCCUCCUGA